ACAGAUGCGAAUGUCGUCAUAGUCAGUCAUGUCCUGACAGUCCCCGAGUAUCGCAUAGCGACUGCGAUCAGGACACCCCAAACUCGCUCGCCAUCAGUCGUGACUCGCCUCUGUUGGGCAUAGCCAUCUGUCGCCCAAGUAGAGUCACGAAACAAUCGCCGUACAGCCGAAGCAUCCCGCUACUAAGUGCUCUACGUGCACUCACAAGCAGCCGAACACGUUAUCCUCCACUUCCCACCCUUAGUCAUUUUUCCUCUCCGUACAUCGUUCUGGUAGUAGCAGGGUCGAGGCGCAAUGCGGUGGCUCGUGCUUCUCUGCGUAGUGAGUCUUUUCCUCGUAGCUCGACCGGCAGAUGGGUUCGCUCCUCUUACCGAAUAUCGAGGCCUCUUUUUGGCGGUUCCUGGACGCGAUACAAGACGGGCAACAGUCCCGAUACGGUGCAAGCAUGUACAGUAGUGGAAAUGGCGUCGACCCCGCUGCGUCAUCCCCUUUUGGCAUGAGAACCGUACGAGAUAGCAAUUCAACAGGUGCUUUAAGAUCAGCUUUCGCCACAGCGACGAGCUAUCUGAACGAUCACCUGAGCAGACGGAAAACGCAGGACGAUUCGUUCACUCCGGGGUUCUGUUCCGACUACGAGGGAGCAGUCUAUAUCAAGGUCCUUACUGUAGACGACAUCGCCCGGCGCCUCAACUACCCGCGAACGCGCACCGUCAUUCUCGAGGUCAACAAAAACCUCGUACUCGAUAAAGGGCUCCUCUUUGACGGCCGAUACUCGUGCACUGUACUCCGCUCCAACAACUUAACCGGAUCGGGUUACAAAAUCUCCUACUUCGGAUCGGAUCAGCCUGUAUUGCGGAUAUGGAACACCAGCAAUGUGCUUGUACUGGGACUGAGCUUCUCUCUAGGGGUCCGCACCUCGUCCCCUGAAUGCGUCGGCAUUCCCGAGAACGGCAUCGGGGUAAAUUGCCCUACAAUUCACGUGUACAGGAGUUACGGAAUUCAGAUCGCCAAGGGGACUGUUUUCGGGCGCAUCGACCUGUUUCGGAGCAUGUCGUCGCGAGUCGACUCCAUGCGCGUGACAGGCGUGCCCGUGUUCAACAAAUCGCCGGGCGUGAUCCGCGUCGCCAUGAGCGGGCAUGGGCCCACGCUGCAGAAAGUUCGUAU